AUGGGUCAGAAUCAGAUUGACGAGGUUUACAACUCCUUGAUGGUAGAAGCCGAAAAGGGAACAAUAGAAACAUUAUAUGAACUGCUUGGGAAAGACUCCUCUAUUCUUGACAAAGCUGAUAAGCAGUUCGGCGAUAAUCCGUUACAUGUCGCCGCGAAGCAUAACAAUGCACUCUUUGCAGAUGAAAUUGCAAACCUGAAGCCUUCAUUAGCUGAAAAGCUAAACCAAAGAUGGAUGGAGGAGAUGAUGGUGCCUCUUCACUGUGCAGCAAAAUCUGAGGUAAAUCCCAAGAAUAAAAAGGUUAUAAAGGAGCUUCUCUCUGCUUGCCCCAAGUGUUUCACAGAAUUAACUAUCCGAAAUGAGACAGCUCUUCACACUGCUAUUGUAGAGCUGCUGCUUUGUAAGUUUGGCUAUUUUGUUAGAAGGGCUGUGAAGAAAAACGCAAAGAACAACAAAGGAAAGACAGCCUUGGAGGUCUUAACUGGAUCAGAAACACAACCAGUUCAGGAGAAGAAAGAGCCAAGAAUAGAGGAGCAGGGAGAUGAAGAGGAAGGAAAGGUGCUGGGAGAUGAAGAUAAAGAAAAUGUGCAGGAGAAAAUAGAAAAGUUCCUUAAAAGCUCACCCUGUUUUACACUUUGGCACAAGAAAGAUACUAAAAAGAAAAGGGUUUCUAAAAAGGAAAGGGCUUUAGAUUCUGGAAUCAAAUGGUUGCUGAAGGUCCAAAAUUUCCUUAGUUUCAAGGUAAACAAAGACACUUCAACUGAAGUUCGAAAUGCUCUGUUAGUGAUUUUAAUUCUGAUCGUGACGGUGACAUACACAACCGGAAUCAAUCCUCCAGGGGGACUUUGGCAAGAUGAUGGAAUCAGCAAUAUCUCACAGAAACAACACAAUGCAGGAACAUCAAUUUGGUUUGAUAAGAACCCAGACUCUUUCCAACUCCUAAUGCUUUGUAACUAUGCAGGAUUUCUUGUGUCUGUUGUCCUGGUUUUCAAUCUCACAGAAGGAUAUACUUUACGAGGUCCGAUUCUACUAGCUCUGUUCUUUAUGUUGAUUACCUAUGCAUUAUGGAUUCGACUCCUGUUUCUGAGUAAUGGUGCUUUCGCAGUGUUGAUCAAUGGAAUCAUAUUGAUUGUUCCAUUACCUGUGGCAUUAGUCCUUUUGGUUGCUACUGCAAAUUGGAUAUGGAACAUUAAGCCAUAG